GGGGGGUCCCUGGACUGGUUUUGGGGAUCCCUGGACUGGUUUUGGGGAUCCCUGGCUGGGCUGAGGCUCUUUUGGGGUUGCUCCAGGUCCCCAUUUUUGCAACAACUCCACUCAAGCUCCCCUCCCCAAAACGCCCCCCUUUGCCUUCUUCCCCCUCCCAUUUCUCCCACAGGUUCCCUUUCCAGCGGGGAUAUCCCUGGAUUCCGGGCUUUUCCCGGGAUUCCGCCAUGGCUCCUUCACGCAGCCGCUCCACCCAAAUCCCGCCGUGUAUUCCCAAACGCCAGCUGCCCCCGGGAUACUCGGAUUCCCUCCUUUUCCUGUGCGCCCGCCGCAUGGUGGCUCAGCACCCCCUUCCCGUCCUCCUUCCCGCCCUUCCCGCCCACCUCUAUCCCAUCCUUUUCCAAGCUGCGUUCCUGGAUGGGAGACCCCUGGUCCUGCGGGAUUUGGUGACCGCUUGGCCCUUCCCGGUGCUCAACUUCCAGCGGCUCGUGGGGCGCCGGGAGCUGCUCCGGGAUCAUCCCUGCAAGCUCUGCGUCCAGGCCGUCAUCCUGGCCGUGGUGGCGCAGCUCCGGCGGGAUCUGGAGGAGCCGGGACGCGAUUCCAGCGGGUGCCGGCUCCGCGUGCUGGACGUAACGGGAGUUCCGGAUGAUCCCGCCGGCCGCGCUCCCGACGGGAUGAGCGUCUGGUCCGGCACCGUGGCCUUGGCCAAGGCCUGCGUGGAGGUGUCCAAGCACCAGCGGGAAUUCCAGAGGCGCGGAUCCAAGCGGCACAAAGGCCGUUCCGGCGCCGCCACGGCCGCGGCCGCUCCGCAGCCCCCGGGCGUGGACGUCCACGCCGACCUGUUCGUCAACGGAACAUCCUACGGGAUCCUCCGGGACGCGCUCCAGACCGGAGCCGCCGGCCCGCUGCGCCUCAAGUGCCGGGAAUUCCAAGCCGAGAAGCUCUCCCUGGCCGGAAUCGUGAGCCUGCUGGAAUCCUUGGAUCCUUCCUGCGUGCGGAGGGUGGAUCUGCGCUUCCGGAAUCUGGGAUUGACCGGGCUCUCGGUGAUCCUGCCGCACCUCUCCCGCUUCCCAGAGCUGCGGAGCCUCAAGCUCCAGUACAGCAACGUCGACGUGCGGCGCCCGACGCCGGAAUCGGCCAUCGGAAUCCGGUGCCUGGCCGGGCAGCUGGGAAUGCUGCCCAGCCUCCGGGAGCUCAACCUGGGAUCCUCCCGGCUCUCCGGGAAUCUGCGCCAGAUCCUCUGCGACCUCCAGGCUCCGUUGGAAAGCUUGGAAUUGGCCUUCUGCUCCCUCCUUCCCGCCGACCUCGCCUUCCUCUCCCAAAGCUUCCACGCUCCGGCCCUCAAAAGGUUGGAUCUGAGCGGCCACGACUUCUCCCAAAGCCUCCUGGAGCCGCUCCGGCUGCUCCUGGAGGAAACCUCGGCCUCGCUGCUGCACCUGGAUCUCAUGGAAUGCCGCAUGGCCGACUCCCACCUGGACGCGCUGCUGCCGACGCUCCGGCGCUGCUCCCGCCUGCGCUUCCUGGGACUCUACGGCAAUUCCCUGUCCACGGCCGCGCUCAAGGAUCUGCUCCAGAAAACCCUGGAGCUGCCGGAUCUGCGCCUGGUCGUGUAUCCCUUCCCUGUGGAUUGCUACAAGCCGGAGCCUCCGCGCAGAAUCCCGGGAUCCCGGCGGAUUUACGAGGAGCCCAUGGAUGGCGAACGUUUGGCGGCGGCGAGCGCCGAGAUUUCCCAGCUGCUGGCGAAUUCCGGGAGAACCGACCUCGUCUGGACUUACAAUCCCUACGGACACGGAGCCAUGGACUACUUCUCCUUGUGACUCGGGAAAGGCUUGGAGGCGGGAAAAGCUCGGAGCCUCCAGCCCGGAAAAGCGCCGCCUCCUUCUUCCCAAACUCUGGGGCGUUUCCCGCCUCAUCCCGGUGCUUUUCCACCUCAUUCCAGUAUUUUUUUUCCCUUCAUUUCGGUGCUUUCCCACCUCGUUUCAGGAUUUUUCCUGUUCAUCCCGUUGUUAUUCCGCCCGAUCCCGAGAUUUUUUUCCCUGAUUUUCUUGCUUUUCUGCCGCAUUUUGAGGUUUUUCCAUCCCAUCCCGAUAUUUUUCCCCUUAUCCCGAUACUUUUCCUCCUCAUUCCAAGUUUUUCCCACUUCAUUCUGGUGUUUUUCCCCCAUUUUGUUCUUUUUCCAGCCCAUCCUGGCGUUUUUCCAUUGGGAUUGGGUUUGCAUGGCCAAAUUUUGGGAGGCUCCGGGGCUGGAUUCCGUGGGAAGCUGCCGGAAGCUUCUCCCAUGUCCGGCUGAUCCCAUCGGGAACGGUGAUGACGCCUCUGGAAUUCGAAUUAAGUUGGAAGAAACACAUCAUGGCACAGAUGGAAUUCUGGAGCAGGAAUAUGGGAAAGGAACGACUCUGGAGAUUAUUCCAAGGAACUGGAGUGGAAAUUCCCAAAAUUCCCUGGUGCAUCCAAUGGGAAGCCCAUCCUGGGGCUGGAUCCUCGCAAGGACCUGCGGAUCCAUGGAAAAGGGAGCAGAUUCCUGGUAGGAUUCCGUGACCGCAGAGGAAAAAAACCUUGGAGUGGGAUGUUCCCAAAGGAUUGACCCCUUGGAAAAGGAAAUUGUCUUCCAUGGGAAUGACACGUUGGAGAAAUCCAUGGAAAACUCGCUGUGGGAUGGAUUCACGUUGGAGAAAUCCUGGAAAACUCUUUCCCGUGGUGGAAGAAUCCAUGGAAAACUCGCUGUGGGAUGGAUUCACGUUGGAGAAAUCCUGGAAAACUCUUUCCCAUGGUGGAGAAAUCCAUGGAAAACUCUUACCUUGGGAUGGAUUCAUGGAGAAAUCUCUCCCAUGGGAACGACCCAGUGGAGAAAUCCAUGGAAAACUUGCUGUGGGAUAGAUUCACGUUGGAGAAAUGGAAAAUCCCACGGGAUGGCCCCGGGCUCCCAGCGCUGCUGGAGGGAUUGAGGGAAAGCUGGGAAAGAGGGAAGUGGGGAGGGGGGAAAAGGUGGAUUUGGGGUCUUGUUCUCCUGCUCUGAUUCCGUUGGAAAUAAACUCAUCCUAUCCCA